AUGGACUUGCUGGACGAUACCUGGGACCUGCCGGUCUCUAAAAACAUCAACAGAGAGCUCUUCACGGAUUACGAAAAAGACGAGGCUUUUGACAUCGACAGCUUCCUUUUAGACAACAAUUUCCACUAUGUUCCUCUAGAUACGCUUUCCAAAGAUCUAACGUCCUUGACACAGGAAAUGGACCACGCUCUCUUGGAUGCAUCCAGUAAAAGUUACAAAGACUUCGUCACGCUAUGCGACCGCUUCUCAAGCACUACAGAAACAAGACCUGAGAUGCAAAACGUCAAGCUGGAUUUGACUGAGUUUCUGCACCAACUACGAGAGCUCACAAAAACUGACAUUGCCAACACCAGAGAAAUCGUGGCAGACACAGUGGACUACCUCCAAACACUCGACAAGCUUUCUGUGAUACUGGCGAACUCUACAUUUUUGAAAUCGAGCCUACACUUGGCUCGCAAGUUGUGCAAUGUCCUAGAAUCACUAUGCGCAGAUGACAAAAAAAAUCAUCUCGAUAUCAUCCUCUGUGGCGAUCUACUGACCCAGUUGCACCAGCUCACCGCGAAAUCGCAUUCGGCCCUACUAAAGUUGCAGCAAAUUGACUCUCCACUGAUGGUUCAGCUGAGAUCCGAGUACCACAGCGUCAUUUCUCAGUUUCGAGCCUGUCUUCACGUGCUUUGUGAUAAAUGUGUUGAAAGUCCCAGCGAUACUAAAGAGUUAGCAGCUCAGCUUGCAACGUUGAUCCCAACCGAUAACUAA